GUUUAAACAUGCAGUUAUAAUAUUUUAAAAACGAUUUGGAUCUUGUCGUUCCGUUUAUAGAGACGCGCAGUUUUACCACUCGUGUUUUUAUUCUCGACGAGUGUGAGAAUCUUUCGCCACCGCUGCGCGGGGGAACACUCGCGCGGAUCCAACGCCGCCGAGUUAUCGAAUAGAUCACGGGCACAGAAUUACAGCGAAUAUAAUAACAGAGUAAUAUCGCGGCGGCGGACGACAGGACACCGUUACGUGUGCAUCGCGUGUGUGAUCGUCUCGCCAGGCGGCGCGGAGGAAAAAUAACCACCGCCCGACGACCGCGCGAGGACCGUCCGCACGCCGCGUUCGCCACGGGGCCGUUCAGUGCCGUGUUCAGCGCGGGGGGAACGAACGCCAGUCAGUGUGUCGCUGGUACAGUCGUCGUCGUCGUCGUCUGCAAGCACGUGCCACUACUACUCGUCCAUAUUAAUAUCGAAAUCGUCGGUCGGCAAGUGGUCGCCGGACACGCGAAAGUUUCAUAAUCUUGGAAUUUCUGUAAAGAUCGAGUCUGAAGACUAAAUUUAGUGAUAUGGACAAGUUUCGGUGGUGGAAAAACGCUGCAAUGAUCUUGAUUUUCUUCUUGGCUGUCCUGCCAUCAUCUCCGUUGGCAACUGGUUCAAACACUUGGCAGAAACCAGGUUGCCACAAAGUAGGUCACACGAGGAAGAUAAGCAUACCCAACUGUGUGGAAUUUCCUAUCACGACCAACGCUUGCAGAGGAUAUUGCGAAUCGUGGGCGGUGCCGUCGCCAGCUGACACUGUGAUGAUCAACCCGCACCAGCGUAUCACGUCCGUAGGCCAAUGCUGCAACAUAAUGGAUACUGAGAACGUCGAAGUCAACGUCCGUUGUAUAGAGGGCGUGAGAAAACUGGUGUUCAAAUCAGCGCUGAGCUGUUCGUGUUAUCACUGCAAGAAGGAGUGAUUUUUAUUUUCUUAUUGGAAAUUUCACUACAUCAUGGAGACAAAAUAUUUUUGAUUAGAAUUUUUAAACAUCAGCAAACGCUAUUAUUACUAUUACAUGCGAGUAAACUAUGUUACUCUAUAGUUACCUCAAUCGUAAUUUAUAACUCAUAAAUAAUUAAUACCAUUAAUACUGUACUUAAUAAUAAAAUAAUAAUUAUAUUUCGGUUGUACAGUUCGGCACUCAACGUCUAGUCUGAAUAUUAUAUAAUAGUAUUUUAGUUACAUGCACAUUAUAGACCUGGAUUAUUAGUUUUACUACUUAUUAUUACGAUUCAUGAUAUUAUUAUAAUUAGACGAUCGAAUGGUAUAAUAAUUUUUUUUUUGUUUAAUAAAAUUAAUUAAACCACAA